AUGAUGACUAAGCAAGACAUAUUCGAUAUCAUCCUCUUUAUUAUAUUAUUAAUCGUUUCGACCCUGCUGGUAUUUGAAAAGACACCGACCCAUACGAUAAGUAUUGCACCACAACGAGUGACAAUGAAUUUUCAUUUAUACGCUCAAAAUCUUACCAUCAAUGGUACUGUCGAUCCUCCAUGCAAUCGAACUCAGGAUAUUUAUAUUUGUUCAGGCUAUUGCCCUUGGUCGAACACUCACAACGAUAAACUAAUUGCCUGUUCUUUCUUACCCCGGAUUCUUCAUCCAGAUUUUGUGAAACUCCGUAUCUAUUGUACUCCUGAACCAGAUUCUUGUCCUACAUAUGAUGCAUGGUUAAAAGAUACUCUACCUCCAACAUUGGAACAUAUUAAACGGAUACCAUAUUCACUCUACGCUAAUUUUACAUUGGACUUCUCGAUUCCAGUCCGCUAUGGCUUACAAAACUUUCUCACGGAUGACAUUUUACCAAGAAAUUGGACAAACGAAGAAAUCGAAAAGUAUCAUAAAUACGCUUCCAUCGCCGUCAUUAACAAAUCGUGUGCCGUUAUCGGAGCCGAAUACCCCUGGAUUGAAGCGGCGCUGCUCGAAUACAAUGCAUCUAUGGUAACAACCAUUGAGCAUGCAACUAUUUUUUCGAACGUCACUCGCUUGAAAACAAUCACGCCGAGAGCAUUUGCACAAAAACAGCAAAGUGGUACUCGUAGUAGAGAGUUUUUCGACAGUGUGUGGUCGUACAGUAGUUUGGAACAUGAUGGUCUUGGUCAAUAUCGUGAUCCGUUGAAUCCAUAUGGUGAUCUGCAAACGAUGACGAAGAUAGCAUGCAUUUUGAGGCCAGGUGGAUUUUUGUUUCUUGGCGUACCGCUCAAUAUAAAGGAUCACUUGCAGUACAACUUAUAUCGUCUGUACGGACCAAUUCGUUUGCCAUUGUUAUACCGAUAUUUCCACAUUGUAGAAGUACUCGGUGCUACUGUUGGAAAAGACAUUUACAGCAAUGAAAUACAGCCAUUUGUAGUGUUGCAAAAUAAAGUAGGAUGUAAAAGGUCUUAG